GCAGCAUCCAAAACAACAUCUAAAAAUCUGUUGGGAAAUUGACUUGUGAAUUCUGUGGUGGACAUCUUGAUGUUAAUACCCGUACCGUUGGGUUCAUCUUCCAAAUCAUCUGCUGAAUUCUAGGGUUUCAAUCUUCGGAGAAGUGUCGUCAUGACAGAAGGUAACGAUGGAUCUCCCAGACCUACAGUGUCUCCGUAUGAAGAGGCUAUGGAUGCUCUGUCUUCUCUGAUUACAAAACGCAGUCGCGCUGAUAAGAGCAACAAAGGCGAUCGAUUCGAUUUUCUGUUUGAUUACCUCAAGAUGCUGGACUUGGAUGAACCAAUUUCUAGAAUGAAUGUUAUUCAUGUGGCAGGAACCAAAGGAAAGGGAUCGACAUGCACGUUUGCAGAAUCUAUAUUACGUAAUUGUGGCUUCCAUACUGGUCUUUUCACAUCUCCUCACCUCAUUGAUGUCCGAGAAAGAUUUCGACUGGAUGGUGUGGACAUAUGUGAAGAGAAGUUUUUGGCAUACUUCUGGUGGUGUUGGGAUAGACUGAAGGCAUGCACAUUUAUCCCAUUGUUUUUGUUAUUCACUUAUUUUUGGACUUAACUACUAAGCAUCUUGCAUACUCGUGAAGUGGACAAAAGUUCCAUAAUGGAGAUCUUGGUAGGAAGAGUUUCUUCAACUAGUUGGGUACAAAAACCAAUUGUAUGUGGUAUAACUUCCCUUGGGUAUGAUCACAUGGAAAUUCUUGGAAAUACUCUCGGAGAAAUUGCAGGGGAGAAGGCUGGUAUCUUUAAGCAAGGAGUUCCAGCCUUUACUGUUCACCAACCUGAUGAAGCAAUGCGCGUACUUGAAGAGAAGGCUUCCCAAUUGGAUGUACAUCUUCAAGUAGCACCCCUGCUGGAUGUGAGUUUGUUGAAUGGUGUGCAUCUUGGGCUUAGUGGUGAGCACCAAUAUCUAAAUGCUGGACUUGCCAUUGCUUUAUGUUCUACUUGGCUGCAAAGGACUGGUCACAUCAAAGUCAAUUACCUGGAUCAAACUAGUUCUCUGCCUGAACAAUUUAUUAAAGGGCUUACAACAGCUACUUUACAAGGACGUGCUCAGAUUGUCCCUGAUCGAUUAAUCGAUAUUGAAAGCCCCGGAGAUCUGGUGUUUUAUAUGGAUGGAGCCCACAGUCCUGAAAGCAUGGAAGUAUGCGCAAAAUGGUUUUGCCUUGCCAUCAAAGAAGAGAAUAAACAACAGAACUUAAGCAAUCACCGACAUGAUAAUUCCAGUGCCGAUCAUAAACUGGUGGAUAGUUCUGGUUGUAAAACUCCCAUGAAGAACUCCACACAGAUUUUGUUGUUCAAUUGUAUGUCAGUGAGGGAUCCGCAGUUGCUGCUUCCACGGCUGAUUAAUACAUGUGCUAAUCAUGGAGUCCACUUCAAAAAGGCACUGUUUGUACCAAACAUAUCAGUGUAUAACAAGGUGUGGUCCAGUGCCUCACCACCACCUGAUUUGGAAGUUGAUCUGUCAUGGCAACUGACUCUUCAAAAAGUAUGGGAGAACCUGAUUAAAAGUGAAAAAGGAGGGGAUGCUAAAAAUGCAGACCUUGUCUGUGAAGGUGAAGAUGAUAAGGAAAGGUGUGUUAGGACUUCUGAGAACAGCACUGUUUUCCCUUCGCUUCCCUUAGCCAUCAAAUGGCUGCGGGAUACUGUCCAACAGCAUAAAUCUGUUCGUUUUCAGGUGCUUGUGACCGGUUCUAUACAUCUUAUGGGUGAUGUAUUAAGAAUAGUCAAGAAGUGAUACAUGGGAUUGAGUUGUGCGCCCUCCUUUUGCAUGUCAUUUUAUUGCGCAACAAGUUUUGGUAUUUGCGUUGGCAAAUGUGACAACAGUGUUGGAUUUCCGAGUGAGUUCUCUCAUACUAAGUGCCAGAAAAAACUGCUUUCACUGCCUAUUGUAUUUCUGGAUCAUGUGGGCUUCUCUAGAUGUGAGAGGUUUAAUGGAGUUUGAUCGUGAUUUUCAUAUUUUACUAAAAUGUUUCAUGCUCUGUUUUUUCGAACUUACUGUGAAAAAGCAACUGUAUGUAUUUUUUAUUUUUUGUGGAGAGACUGAUUCCCAUAAUUUAAAUCCUCAUAAAGUCAAUAAUUUUAAUAUUAAUAACUCCCAUGGGAAAAUUCAGAUCA